CCUCUCCAGCUCCAAGGCUGCUUCUAUCUAUUCGUUCUUUACCAUCUUCUCCUGAACAUGGCACAGUGCGUGCCAAUUCUAGUGUUUGUUGUAGCUUUCCUCAGAUUCAUGGCUGACGCAGCUGUUGUUGAGCAUACGUUCCGUGUGGGAAACCUCACGGUAAGGCGGCUGUGCGAAAACAGGGUGAUCACCGCUGUGAAUGGCCGUUUACCGGGGCCGACCAUAGAGGUCCACGAGGGUGAUACCUUGGUGGUUCAUCUCAUCAAUGACUCACCCUACAACUUAACAAUUCACUGGCAUGGAAUAUUUCAGCUACUGUCCGGUUGGGCCGAUGGGCCGAGCAUGAUAACCCAAUGCCCAAUACAACCUAGGAACUGCUAUGCCUACAGAUUCAACAUCACCGGCCAAGAGGGUACGCUGUGGUGGCAUGCCCACAGCUCCGUCCUCCGAGCUACAGUCUAUGGCGCUCUCAUCAUCCGACCCAGAAACGGCACCGAGGCCUUCCCCUUCUCCAAACCUGACAAGGAAGUCCCCAUUCUUCUAGGCGAGUGGUGGAACGAUGACAUCGUCGACAUGGAUAGCCAGGCCUUUCUAACGGGUGGCGCCCCCGGUGAUUCGGACGCAUAUACCAUCAAUGGAAAACCUGGCGACCUCUACCGCUGUUCUAGCAACCAGAUGUACAAGCUGGAAGUGGAGCAGGGGAAGAGCUACUUGCUCCGCAUCAUCAAUGCGGCUCUGAGUAAGGAGCUCUUCUUCAAGGUUGCCGGGCACUCCUUCACCGUGGUAGCAGUGGAUGCCAGCUACACCAAACCGUACGAAACGGAUGUCGUUGUCAUCGCCCCAGGCCAGACGGCCGACGCCCUCAUGGUCGCCGAUGCCCCUCCUGCAGCCAGCUACUACAUGGCUGCCCUCCCCUACAUCAGCACAGCUCCCUCACCUCCCCCACGGCCAUCCUUCGACAACACAACCACCCGAGGCAUCGUCCGGUACGAGCCCGCCAUGCCAUCGGCCGCCAGCUCGCGACCUGUGAUGCCAGCGAUGCCCUCCUUCUUCGAUAAUGAUGUCGCCCACCGCUUCUUCACCAGCUUAACCGGUCUCCUAAGGCCGGGAGACCCCACCGUCCCUCUCCAUGUGGACGAGCACAUGGUGGUCACCUUCGGGUUGGGCGUCGCUGCUUGCGAAGCGAGCCAACUGUUGUGCAAUCGGAGCCGAGGAGCGACCGCUGCCAGCAUGAACAACGUGUCCUUCCAGUUUCCAACCAAGAAGUCGCUGUUGGAGGCCCAUUUUCGGGGUGAGAAGGGGAUCUACACAUCGGACUUCCCUGACACUCCACCGGUAUUCUUCGAUUUCACAAACCCUGCCGUGAAUGUAAAUCCGGCCCUGCAGUCCUUGUGGUUCACGACCAAAGGCACCAAGGUGAAGAAGGUGAAGUACAACGCGGCGGUGGAGAUGGUGCUGCAGAACACGGCGAUACUCGGGAUCGAGAACCAUCCGCUGCACCUCCAUGGCUUCAACUUCUUUGUGCUGGCACAAGGGUUUGGCAACUACAACGCGACCAGCGCAGUGAAGAGCUACAACCUGGCGGACCCGCCGGCGAGGAACACCAUCGCCGUGCCCACCGGCGGAUGGGCGGUCAUCCGAUUCACUGCCAACAAUCCAGGUGUAUGGAUCAUGCACUGCCACCUGGACGCUCACCUGUCCUCGGGGUUGGCGAUGGCGUUCGAGGUGGAGAACGGAUCCACCCCGGAAACGACCCUCCCCCCUCCACCUCCGGACUAUCCCCGUUGUUAGAAGCAGCCCAACGAGGUUACAGACAGCGGCCGGACAAAGACGAAGGCCGCCGUCUCGACCGCAAGUUUAUUUCUAUUUUAUUAUACUGUUCGUUGCAAUAUCGUAACACUGCGUCAUUCCCUCUGCCUUCGUUGCGAUUUAUUUUGUUGGUUUGGUUUGGAAUGAAUUUUGUAAAUUGAUUUGUCC